AUGUCAAUUAAAGAUCGACGUGCAGAAAUCCUCAAUGCACAUUUCGACAAGCCAGGCGCCACCCCCGCACCCAUAAUCACAUCACUAAAUGGCGACAACUCGUGGCUGUUCUCCAUUCCAGUGCCGACAAGACACCGGAGUCCCAACACCUCGCCCUAUUACCACAUAGUGUCGGAUCCGUGGCUGACGGGUCCACCCACCACCGGCAUCAUCGCCUGGAUCAUAUCCUUUGGCCACGUGAGCCCACCGGCCGCGUCGUCGGGCGCCGACGUCGAGACCAUUUGCGCCGAGAUCGACGCGGCCGCGGGCUUCAGUCCAGCGGCGUCGGAGCAGAAGCGAUCCCGCAUCGGCGCCAUCGUUCUGGGCCAAAAGACGUCCGACCACGUCAGUGCUCGGUCGCUGGCGACCUUUGACCCGACGAUCCCUGUGCUGACCGUACCGGGAACCGACAAGGCGGUCCGAGACAUGGGGCAUUUCGACACGGUCGGAGCGCGACUACAGAUGGCAGACGAGAUACGGGACUGGCGGGGGUGCAUGGACAAGGAGCAACAACAACAGCAGCAGCAGCAGCAGCAACAGCAGCAGACCCCGCUACGGCUGCUGCCGCCGUGGAUCUGGACCUUUGGAGUCAAGGGCGACAACUCCCUCAUGUCGGUCGGGGUGAUCGCCUGGGAGACGGAAGCGUCUGCGGACGCCUACGACGCCGUGCUCGACGGGCCGCACGGAAUUCGCACCGACAGCGCCGGCGCGCAGGCCCUGGGUCAGGCCAGCCCGCCGCUGCGCUUCCUGGCGAUGCUACACCCGACCAAGGAGAGCCGCACGCUGUGGUUCAGAAACAUUCGCGGCGGCGCCAGCGGGGCGGAGCUGGCGGCACUGAUCAGGACCAGGGUGUGGAUCCCGACGCACGACUCCAUGUACACCUACAGCGGCCCCGCUGGCUAUCUCGUAUCCGAAGCCCUGGGGGACAAGGCGAAGCUCGCUGGGGAUGGGACGGACGGGAGAGCCAAGAUUGUGCACGUGGGCAACGGGUUGAGCUACGCGCUGGAUGCCGGGGAGACGUGA